UGGCAGUUAACCUCCAAAAUCAUCCUUUCCAGAUUUGCAAAAAUGACGCAUCUUUGUCGGUUUUCUAAGUUUAUUUUAGUAAUGUAAAAGUACUAGUUGUUCAGCAUGAAACUCCAGUUUAAGUGUUACCCGGUGUUCUUUUUAAUUUUCUAGUCUAAUUUCCUUAAUUGGCAUAUUUUGAGCCUCAUAACUCCACCAUGUUAUCUCAUGUUAUCGUCAUUUCACUUCUUUGUACACUCUCCUACCACACAACCUUGCAGUCAACAAAUGUGAAUGUUUACGAUGAUUAUCGCAAGUUUUUAUCGACAAAAACUCCGUACAGCUUCAUCGGGAACUUCAAUGAUACUGAAGUGAAAUUUUCAGGUUGUGAGGCAGAAAAAAUAUGGGCCAUCUUCAGGCAUGGGACACGGACGGCUGGAAUCAGAAUUGCUCUAAAGAUGAAGGAGAAACUGACAAUGAUACAGAAAUUGCUUCUUGACAAUCAUCAUAAAAGUGACUACCUGAAGGAGCCUGUUCUGAGUGAAUUGAGGAAGUGGAAAGUUUCAUUCAAUGAAAGUGAAAAUAAACUUUUGACACAUGAAGGAGAAGAAGAAUUGCUGUUGCUCGGAGAAAGAUAUCUGAACCGGUUUCCAAAACUCUUGAAUGAGCAUUAUAACAAUGCUACCUACAAGUUUAGAUUUACCGGGACACAAAGAACUGAAGAGAGCGCAAAAAAUUUUGCCGUUGGUCUUUUUGGGCGAAAAGAAAGUCUGUACGUUUGGUAUCCUGAGCCUCUUCAUAGGGAUCCAAUCCUAAGAUUUUAUAAGCUCUGCGACAAAUGGAAGGUCGAGGUCAAGAAGAAUCCUGCAACUAUGAGAGAAGUUGAGCUCUUUAGAGAAGCAGAUGCCCUAAAAGGAGGGGUAAAACAAUUUUCAGAAGAAUUGAAACUUGAUCAACCGCUAACAGUUGCUGAUUGUUACGAGAUUUAUGUUGCCUGUGCAUUUGAAACAGCGUGGGCUCCCACGGAAGAACCCUCUCCUUGGUGCAAAAUCCUGCCGCUGAAUUUGUUCAAAGCAUAUGAGUAUAUGGAGGACAUGGAGUAUUACUAUAAAGACGGCUAUGGAUACCAAGUCAAUCAUGACCAAGCAUGUGUAGCAUUAAAAGACAUGGUUGAGCACCUGUUGAAUCCUGAUGACCCAACCGCUGUUUUUUACUUUACUCACUCUGGUACUCUGCUCAAACUAGUUUCCCACCUUGGGUUGUACAAAGACAAGGAACCUCUUCGCCACAACACUUCCAACUGGAACAAGAGGAAAUGGAGGACCUCUCAUAUUGAUGCAUUUGGCACCAAUCUGGCUUUCAUUAGAUAUAGUUGCGGCGACGAUGGAGAAAAAAUUUUGACAAUGCAUCAAGAAAGACCUGUCAUUUUACCAGGCUGUCCAACCUCAUCUCCACUUUGUCCGCUUGAUGUAUUUCUAGACAACUACGCUGACAGUCUCAGUUGUGAUUUUGACACAAUCUGCUCCCUUGCGGAUCCCAAAACAGAGCUAUGAUUUUUUUUUUAACCUAAUUUUAUUAGUCAUUCGAUGUCUUAUCAAAGAUUUUUUUACCUUUUAUGAAACUUUGACUGAGUGCAUUUUACUCCUAUUUUUAUAUGACAUUUUUACAUAUUUUUAACAUGUUUAAAAUUACUAAAAACUUGACCUGAAAUGUAUGUUAGUUAGAUCUUUUACAAUCAGCAUAAGUUUGUUUUUCCUGUUUUAUUAUUGUUAUGUUUUUAAGUACUUAAAGUGCUUUUUAUGAGUGCAAAAGUAGAAGGGAAAACAAAGGUUAGUUGUUUUUCCUUUUGGGAAUUAAAAAUAAAAAAACUGUAAGAAUCAACUAUUAAUGAUGCUUACAAAAAUACACUAAAGUUGAAACUUUUUAAUUUACA